GGUUCAUCCAAUCCUACAUUCCCUGGACGAGAAAAAGAUCGAGUGCUCCUCUCCUCACGCACCUUACCCUAUCAUAUGAAUCUCUCCUCUCUUUGAAAACCGUUCGGCGUUCACCACCGCCGGAAAGAUUCUCCGAUUAGGGUUCCGGCUAUCUCUGAUUAUACCGAUCGCCGUACCUUCCCGAAGCUCAAUUGCUACUAUCAGUAUUGUGAUUUCACCCUUUGCCUAGGAUGUGUGUGAACUGUGCAUGCUUGUUGCAGGAAAUGCUUUGAAUCACUUUGGAAACUAAGAUAAAUUGUUACUUGAGAAUCAGCUGCAGGAUUUUUCAGGGAUAUUUUUCACAUGCAAGAGUUCAAGCAAAUGUCUUUACAAAACAAGGGAUUUUUGAUGGUUAAGGGACACAUUAAUGAUAGAGAGACAGUAUUUGAUAAUCCUUCAAAAAUUGAACCAAAACGACCUCAUCAAUGGCUCGUCAAUGCUGCUGAAGUAGAUCUUUUUCCAAACAAGAAACAAGCAGUAGAAAAUGUAAGUGAAAGAACUAGUUCAGGAUUUUCAAAUGAAAAUUUGACUCCCUGGCAGAACAGUCCCAAUUUUCAUUCAGUCCAAAACCAUUUUGUUGGUCGAUUAUUUGGGUCUGGAACUAAGUCUAACAAUAUCCCUGAAAAGAAUACUUCAUAUGUAUCGGCUGAGGAUUCUAAUGUGAAAUCAAAGUUGAUCACCAAUCCAUAUGGAGGUGAUGCAUCUUUUGGCCUGUCUAUAUCUCAUUCUGUUGAAGAUUCUGAAGCAUGUACAAAUUCUGGUGGAUUUAAAAGAGUCAAAGUAGGUCAGAUUAAGGAUUCUGAUGAUGUACAGGCUCCAGAGAGGCAUAAUUAUAAUAGGCAAAGUAAUGGGGAUCUAUAUCAGACCUAUAAUGGCCAAGUUGAUACAAGGUCAGCGUCAAUAGGGCAAGUCUUUGAGAAGGAUGGCAAUAUCACUUUAAUGGGAUUCCCCUACAGCAGAGGAGAUGCCCAAGUCAGAUCAUUUGGCGCCCCCUUUGGCAAAGGAGAUGAUGUAGUCAUAUCAAGUGGCGAAUCCUAUAAUAAAGAGAACACAAACAUAAUUUCUUUUGGUGGGUUCCCAGAUGAACAGAACAUUAUCUCUGUGGGCAGGCCUGCUACAGACUAUGAACAAUUAUAUAAUCAAUCUUCAGUUCAUUCUUCGACAACAGCCUAUGAGAAAGAGUUGGGUGCAUCAAACUCUGAUAUAGUUGCAAGUACUCCUCAGGUAGCAAGAGCAAAGUCUGAAACUGUUCCCAAGAAUAAACAAGAGUUCAAAACAGCAAAGAAAGAAGCUCCCAACUGCUUCCCUUCUAAUGUGAGAAGCUUGAUAUCAACUGGGAUGCUUGAUGGCGUUCCUGUGAAGUACGUCUCAGUGGCAAGGGAGGAACUUCGUGCAAUUAUAAAAGGUUCCGGCUAUCUUUGUGGGUGCCAGUCAUGUAACUAUACCAAGGUUCUGAAUGCUUAUGAGCUUGAGAGACAUGCUGGUAGCAAAACGAAACAUCCAAACAAUCACGUUUAUUUUGACAAUGGGAAGUCCAUUUAUCAAAUAGUACAGGAAUUGAAGAGUACCCCUGAAAGUUUGUUGUUUGAUUCAAUUCAAACAAUUUUUGGCGCACCAAUUAAUCAGAAAGCAUUUCACAGUUGGAAAGAAUCAUUUCAAGCAGCUACACGUGAGCUUCGACGCAUUUAUGGAAAGGAAGAACUUAACCUAUAAGUCCCAAACUUUUGUUAAAAUGUAACUUCGGUUAGAUUCUAGUGUGCAUAGUAAGAUGUAUCAGUUUUCAGUAUGAUCCCUAUAUCUUUUUCUGGCUCAGUGCGUUGUGUACCUUUGUGGCCUUGCUUAGUUUAUUGGAGCUUUAUGUAGCUCUUGUACAGAUCAACGUUAUUAAUUGCUUUGGACAGAAAUUAUCUAGUACAUUAUCGAGGAAGCUAAUGUUAUUGCGUAGUUGAAGGAGCAAGAGUGCAAAGAGUUGUUAGUAUUGGGACACUGAUUGGGCUCGUAAAGUGCUAUGUAACUAUUUGGAUUUUUGUCCAAUUAUACGAGGUAAAUUCACUUGAGCA